AUGUAUCUUAUCGCUAUCAUUGAAUUGUCGCUGAUGAAAUGCUUGUGCAGUCUAUUUCAUUUUACGAAUUCUAGGCCUAACGUGAUGUCCCCUCUCCGAGUACUCGUCACCGGUGCUGCCGGCCAAAUCGGCUACUCUCUUGUGCUCCAAAUCGCCAAGGGAGAUGUCUUCGGAAAGGACACCCCAAUUGUUCUUGUCAUGCUCGACAUUCCUCCUAUGGCUACUGUAUUGGAAGGAGUACAGUUUGAACUGCAGGACUGUGCCCUGCCAAACUUGCACGGUGUUGAGUGUGUAACCUCUGAAAAGGAAGCCUUCACUGGUAUCGAUUAUGCUUUCCUUGUUGGAGCUAUGCCUCGAAAAGAGGGUAUGGAACGAAAAGAUCUCCUUGCUGCCAAUGUGAAAAUUUUCAAAUCACAGGGCAAAGCUUUGGCUGAAUACGCUAAGCCGACCACUAAGGUUAUCGUUGUUGGUAACCCAGCCAACACCAACGCCUUCAUCUGCGCCAAGUAUGCUGCGCCGAAAGUACCCGCUCGUAACUUCUCCGCCAUGACCAGACUUGACCACAAUCGUGCCACCGCUCAGGUACUUAAAAUCCUAAAAUUUUAA